AUGUCGUUCAAAGGAGGGAUCAAGCAGUGGAGGGAGCGGAAUCGCCAGUCCUCAUUUCUCAAUCGACCAAAGACAGCGGCGCCUGAUUCGGACCCGGAUGAGGAGCUUCGAAAGCUGUUCGAAGGAGCUGUGUUGGGCGCCUUCAACAGCGAGGCUUUCUGCGAAGCCAUCUCCAGUCAGGUCAAUCCGGCAUUAACCAAGCAGCAAGAGAAGCUCAAUCAAUUGAAAACCGCAAACCUCAAUUUGGAAUCGACCUUUCAGAUACAGAUUGACCGCCUCAUCGAGAGACUGGAACCACCUCUAAAUCACGUGAUAUCACUCAAAAAUCCGAAUUACGAAGAUGAUUUCUCGAGUCUCUUUCAUGGGCAGCAUGUUUUCUUGGAGAGGUUGGAGGCCAUCGAUCAAAGAUUUGGGACGCUUGAAAUUCCACGUUACGAUGAUGAGAUGGGGAAACUUUUGGUUGGCCAACAGCAGCUUGCGAAGAGCAUUCAGAAACAUGUAGAUCAACGAUUCGAUGCGAUACAAAUUCCUAACUACGAUAAUCAGUUCAAGCAGCUUGCGGCAGGCCAGGAGGAACUAUCCAGAAAUUUGAGUCAACAGCUUGAACGGCGUAUGGAAGCGCUUGAGACUCAGCUGCAGGAGGUGGAAGAAAGUGUCAAAAAUCACCACAAUGAAUUGCAGGAAUCAGAACUGAGAUCGGCUCUUCGCUUUGGCGAAUUGUCCAAUGAGCUCCAGGACCGAAAUACCAUGUUGGGGAAUCGCCUGACCGAGACCGAACGAGGUAUCGGAAAGAAGAUUGAUGCGCAACAAAGAAGGGUAGUUGGUGUAUGUGAAGAGCUGCGAAACGUCAGCGAUGGGACGCAAGAUCGACUCUCUGCCAUCGAAUCCGCUCAGGCUGAAUUCAACGACAAGAUGUCUUCAAACGAAGAGGUUUGUAAGAAAACGAAAUCUAUCAGUGAGGGCAUAGCGGCCAAGAUGGACAAACUCGACAGAGGGAUUCGUCAUGAUAUUGAUAGCUUAAGAGAAAAUGUUGCUGCUCUCGAUACCUCACCUAUUGAAAAUCUUCCCCGAAGACUGGACGCCAUUGACAGGGCCAGUGCGGAGAUCCGGAAAGAAUUAGAGAACCAAAGAUCGUUGGCUGCAGUCGAUUCAAAGAUGCUUUCGAGCACUACCGCACGUAUGGACUCUAUUUCGUCGAAUAUCGCAAACAUGUCACAGGCGCUGGAAGCCGUGGACGAGAAAAUCUCCGAUGAAUCUGAGCACAAUCUACAGAUAGAAAAGCUAGACUCUAUUGAUAACAAAAUCAGUUGGAUAAAUAACAGCGUGGAUAAGGUCCACAAACGUGUGGGCUCUUUGGAUAUUUCUAUGCUUGCCGACCACACGAAGAACCUUGAGGAAAUCGCGGCCACAAUUGCUACCAUUGAAGAGAGAACGGGCAAUUUGGAUAAAUCGACAACCACUCAGGGAGUACAUCUGAGCGAGCUUAAGUCUGCCCUCAAAGAAGUUCGUACCGAUCAGAAGCGGGGAUUAGAUGAGAGUGUAUCGUCACGGAAGACGACAGUUGAUGAAUUGCGAGCCAGUAUAUUAGAGUUGCAGUCUCACCUGGAUAAUGAGUUGAAAUCUCAUAAUCAGAAAAUUUCUGGGAUCUCUGAAGAUAUCGCCGCACUACCAAGCUCUGCCUCUAUUAGCGCGAUUUCAGAAGCAGCCAAGGGGACCAAGAACCUGCUUGAAGUUUCUUCCGACUCGAUCAUCGAAUUCCAAAAAGAAACCGUGAAGUUAUUACGACCGAUGCAGCCCGAGCUCGAAGGCUUAAAGGCUGGAGUCCAGUACGCUAACAAUGCCAUUGAGGCGGUCAGCUCCGAGAUUCACGAGAUUUCUUCGAAAACAGAGGCAAACAACUCCUCAUUGUCAUUUAUCAGUGAAAAGAUACGUGCCAUUGAGGAAUCCGUAGGGAGUGUACAUUCAGGGACCGAAGAUCUGGUGUCAAAGGUGGACGAGAGCCGUACUGUCUUGAACGAGCUCCGGGCUUUAGACAAGACACAUGAUAUUCUCGCUCAUCUUGAGAAAUCCCAGCAGUCGCAGACAGACCACAACUCUAAACUCGGAUCUCUUUAUAGCGUUGUCGUAACACAUGGUGCUACAAACGAAAAGAAACACGACACUUCUAUUUCAGAACUACAGACCGGGGUGAAGAAAAUGAUCUCACGUUUCGACGAAUCUCACUCUGCUCAUGCCAAAGACGUUGCUUCCAUCGCAGACUUGGGCAAGACCCAGGCAGAUCAGAUUAAGGAAUUUGAAGAACGUAUCAGCGAGCAAUUGACGAAAGUUGAGAACCUGGCUUCUGAGUCCAAGAAGAGCAUUCGGGAAAGUAAGAACAACAUUUUGGCAUCCAUAUUAGACAACAACCAGUCAUAUGGCGAAAAGCUUGAAGCCUCAUCAGAAGAUUUGAUGAAGGGUCUGUCGAAGAUUGAAGCUGCGGUCACAAACACCAAUAAGAACGUCUUCGACACGAAGAAUAGCGUGGCAUCAAUUGUACCAUCACUCAAAAGCUCCGCCGAAUCCCACUCUCAACAUCUCUCAUCAUUAGUUUCUGCUAAUUCAUCGCAUGAGCAGCAUAUCAAGGACCUGGGAGACCGUCUUCGGGAUGGUCUUUCAGCUCUCGAUGCCGCCAUAUCAAAGUCUCAGACCACGAUCACUGAAACCAAGACAAGUAUUGCGUCACUUAUGCCAGUAUUGACUGCAUCCAAAACAUCUCACUCUGAGCAUCGAAAGGCUUUGGAGCAAAUCAUUGACACAAGCCAUAGGCAUGAGGCUACCCUGGGAGGGAUUCAAGAAAGCUCCGUUGACAUUAACGGGCUUCUUAUGUACGCUCUUACGGUGGCUGAAAACAACUCAAAUUCUUUGCAAGACCUCUCCACUUCCGUUGCUCGACGAGAUGAUCUGUCAACUGCGAACAUUGCAUUACGGUCUGUUUCUACAAAGAUUGAACAACAAAAUGCUGUGCUUGAUAAGCUUAGUACUUCGGCGGCCGUACAAGAACUCAAAGAUAAUAUCCAAUCGAAUCAAGAUGUGCUCAGCUCCCAAACCAUCACGUUGUCUGAAUUGAUGAAGGCUGAGACGGGCGAGAUGCUCCUGUCGGCAUCGAGAGAUAUAAUGAGCGCUGUCGAAGAUGCGGCGGAUCAGGUCAAUACUAUCAGUGUCGCUAACCACGCGACCGCAGAAGAGCUGAAGGACCACCACUCAGAAUCUCAGAAUGUCCUCGCAUCGCACACGUCGAUUCUAUCGGGUCUCGUAAGAUCUGCGAUGAGUACAGACGUUCUUGCGAUUUCUAGAGACAUCAAGAGCACUCUAGAUAGCGUGGUUGAAAAACAUGAUGCAGCAGACGCGGUUACCGUUGAUUCAUUCUCUGAUGUAAAGAGCCAGAUUUCAGAAUCACAAAUGGCUCUUGAAAAACAGACAGCCCUCAUUUCUGAGCUUUCAAACUCAUCGGUCGGCGCGGAUACACUUGCAAUCUCAAACGAGAUCCGCAAAGCUGUCGCCAAUGUGGCCGAGAGAAUUGAUUCCGUCGACACCAGAAUACAGGACGAACAUUCCUCAAUAAAGUCGAUACUGGAAGGAAGUAAAUCGGCGAUCAGCAAUGUUUUGGACGAAGUGGUCAACAACAAAAGUUUACUGGAAAAUUCAUCUUCAAAGUCUGAUAUGAAGGAUGUUACCUCGAGACUCGAAUUGCUCAAGGAAGAACUCUCUGGCGGAUCACUGUUACUGCGCAUCACAGACUUGACCGACAACGUGAAAGACCUCAGGAGUGCAUCCCAGCAAGAAGAUAUCCUGAGGUUAACAGAGAAAAUUGAGUCAAUAGUCAAGGAUAACAAAGACUCUUUAGCAAAGGCUCAAGGUCAGAUCGGUCAUGUUGAACAGCUACAGGCAGAUACUCUCGGCAAAAUCAAAGAGACCGCCGAAGAACACACUGCAUCGAUCUCCACAGCACGACAGGCUACCACUGAUCUUGCAUCUAAGUUCGAUGCAAGUAGUCAGUCAAUAGAGUCAAGUGUUCAUAACUUCAAAUCCGCAGCGGAGCAAGACCACACUGAGACCCGGUCAAAGAUUGCCGAAACCAUCAAUGCGGCUAUUCAGGAGCUUUCCGAAAAGCAGGCCUCCUCACAUGCUUCUAAUCAUGAAGCUUUGCUUGCAGUUGACUCGAAGAUUGAAGCUAGUGAGAAGGCUAUUACAGCCGCAGUUCAUGGGAUGAAAACCAGCGUGCAGUCGGAGCACUCGGCAACCAUUUCCAAGCUGACAGCUGUGUCCACGGAUAUUUCUAAGGAGAUUAGAACUGCUUUGAAUGAUAGCGCGUCUGCUACAGUUAACGACGUGAAGUCAAGUAUAGCGUCUGAGAACGCAACAACCAUUUCAAAGCUCACAGCUGCUUCCACACAUGUCUCUGAAGAGAUCACGACUGCUUUGAAGGAUAGCGCGUCUACUACACUUGCCGAGAUGAAGUCAAAUAUGGAGUCGGAGCAUGCCAUGACCGUUUCAAAACUGACAGCCGUUUCCACGGAUAUGUCUCACGAGAUAAAGACUGCUCUGAAUGACAGCGUCUCUGGUCUCCAGGAUUCCGCCAAUUUCAUUCGGAAAGACUUGGUCGAUGUCAAGAAAGUCGCAGCUACAAUCGAAACAUCUGGAAACACGCUUAGCGAAGAGCUCAAGGAACUUGGAAUUAAGCUCAGCACCGAAGUGGAAGAAAAUGGCAGCAAAGUAGAGAUAACCACAGCUGCGCUCAAAACAACCCUUGAGAAAGCGAAUGAGAAUCUUGCCAAUAUCAUUGCGGAAGAUAGUUCCAAAACGCAGGCUGCCACAGCUUCGUUGCGGGAAGAGGUGAAAUCUCGCGAUGCCGAAUUCAAAUCCCAAGUUGGAAAUUAUAGGGAUCUCAUCACGACAUCAACUCAAUCGAACCACGACGACUUGCAAGCCCACCUCGAUUCAAUCCAAGGCCUAUUGUGCUCCCUGCGCGAAACGGUUGAUGACGCUCAGAAAGCUGAUAUCGCUAGCUCUGAGGAUGUUAAGGCUGUUGUGCAAGCAUUCAGCGCCCUCGAUAAAGUAGUUACCUCCGAUGCUGCGAAGAGCAUGGCCUCCAUCAACGAUGUCACCUCCAGAUUGACAUCAAUUUAUGAGCUGGUCCAAGACAAUGGCAAAUUCACGGCCGAAAACGUAACAACCCUGGCUAACAUCAAGGAGAGAGUUGAUGGCACUUCGGAGGGAAUGGGCAGCCUUUUUGAUGAUAAAUUGGCUAGAAUAAGCAAGGAGAUCAACGCACUUGAUCCAAACGCUGCGUUAAGCAAGCUUGCUGAAGUCGUAGAGACCAACGGCAAGCAGUUGUCGGAUGCCAAACGAGAAAUCCUCGGGUCAAACACGGAUAUUCAGAAGGCUCUUUCACAUGAAAUUUCUGCUCUUAACACGACAACUACAGAGACGAAGGAGCUCGUUCAACUCAACAGUAAAGAAUUCACAGAGUUCAACAAUAUGUUCUCAGAAACCAGCACAAAGUCCCAAGAUGCUAUUCUCCAAAGAAUCUCCUCUGCGGAUGUGAGUGAUGUCGUGGGCAAGCUUCCCUCAAUCAUAAAGAAAACCAGCGUUGAACUCUCGGAAGCGAAUGACAAGGUCUUGAAGCAAAGCACUCAACAUAUGGACAACAUUAUUCAGGAACUAUCUUCGGUUCGUGAUGCACUUCGCAAAUCGGAUGCUACUGCUAGUUCUACAACCGAAGACAACACCAGACAUAUCAAGUCUGUUGAAGAAUUUAUGCGCACGAUACCGGACAAGACAGAGGCUAUCAUCUCACGCGAGGUUUCAGGUCUGACCAAAACAGUCAAAAAUUUUGAAAAUGGAUUGAAGGAGUCAAACAAUGGGCUGGAGUCACUUCUUACUGGUCAUGGAACAACGCUUGAAACCAUUCAGAAUAGAGCAUUAAAAACUGACACUGACAUUUCAGCAACCUCGAAAAGCAUAGUGGAAACUCUCGACGCUGUAAAGGACCUCCGAACCUCCAAUGUCUCUUCCCUAACGACCCAUACCACCCUUCUCGGUCACAUCCAGGAAACCCUCGAGUCUACUCCUACGAAGAUCGAAUCCACACUAUCGCGAGAAUUAUCUAGCCUGGAAAACACGCUACGGGACUUAGUAACAACCUCAGGCCAAGAAACAGUAGAAGCGGUAAAGGUAACUCAGAAUCUCGUUUUGGAGGCUAAACAGCAUAUUGGGCUUUUAGUACUUGACGGCACGGCAAAUCUGACCGUCGCUGUAGAAACCUUGGAUUCAAAGAUCGGGAAUUUAUCCGACGUCGCGUCCACUAACACCCACAUCUCAACCGAAAGCCAAAGCCUCACCACAGCUGCUCUUACGAAGCUUGGGGGAGAGAUCUCAGAAUGUAGAUCUUCACUCUCCACUCUUGCCGCCGACAUUAGAGACCAGCACAUCCCCACCAUCGUCGACGCAAUCCACACCGACCAGGACAGCACAACCCAACACCUCGAAUCUCUUUCCUCGGACUUGAGCCCACUUCAAACACUUUUGGGGACCAUAACUACCGCCAUCCGCGUAAAUCUCGCCGCAAUAUCGAGGGUCGAUAAGGCAGUUUUGGAUACAGGGGCUCAGAUUAAAGGUGUGAUAUUUGAGGGGAACCGGAAAUUGGGAACGGAGAUCGAGGCUCUGGAUGAGGGCAUCCAUGAUGUCGGUACGAGGAUAAGAGGAGUGUCAGAAUAUGACCUUCCAAGACUUGAAGAUGAGAUUAAAAGCCACGUCAGGAUUUCGAGACGCCAGAAUGAUGGUUUAACUGUGAUCGGAGGUCGAAUCAUCGGGACGCAGAAUAAGUAUGAUGAGAUGGUUGAUGCGCUUUCAAGUCGGGCAGAUGGAACGGAGAGUCCUGGGAAGAUUGUUGGACACGCAAGAGGGUUUCAUAGCAUGGGAAGAAGAGUUGACAAUCCUUUGUUGAAAGGUGGAUCGAGAAGUUUUAGGGGGUAUAGUAGUGCGACCAGGAGUAGUUCAAACGCUAGUGGGUCUAGGUUGAUUGAACGGGCUUUUGAGAAUGGGCCAUAG